AUGACGGAGGACGAAACCACGUACGAGAUCAUCACAUACGACAACUGUCGAGUGAACGAUUUCUGCAUCAUCGAGAGCGGAGAGCCAGAAAAGUGGCAGGGACAGAUCAAAUCGAAGAAUGAUGGUAAGCUCGCUGUGCGGUGGUUGCGUCCAUGGGAACCGAAAUCGGAGAGGGAGGACAUCGGGGUGACGGGUCUAUACGAUUGGGAUCCUCAUGAAAUGUGCCAAAUCGAUGUCGAGACUCUAAUCGAAAUCGGCCCAGCGUUGUUUCACAAGGCGAGAAGACCAGGUUUCGAGCCGAAAGGGCCGGUCUAUUGCCUCGCGUCAACGUGCGACGGGCGUUGCGCGCUCGCCGCUCCGAGGCACAAAAAGGAACGAGUCAUUGUUGUGAAGGAGGAGGACGCAGUCGUAGAUGCUGAGAGACCGCGCUACUUGCUGCCAGUCCCGGAUACGGCGGUAGAGUGGCAACCCAACGUGAUGGGCGAGUGUUUGCCGAGCGAAGUUCCUGGCAGCCCAUUCUGUUACAGUAGCGCGAGACACCUUGAUGGUGAAACGGAGAAGUGCGCAGAGAAAGCUGUUUGCUUUUGCAAGCAUAUGCAUUCUGCUUUGGGCCGACGACUUGCCAGUUUAUCGUCGGACUUACACGCUGUUAACGGCGGCUCAUGUCCCAGCGCGGCGUUGACGAUGAAUAAAAUAAUUCACUCUUUCCACGUGAAAAAUACUCCCAAAAAAGGUUUUGGCAUUUUUGCUCGUGAAAACAUUCAAAGGGGAGCCUUCCUUUUCGAAUAUGCUGGAGAGAUCAUUAAUCGGUCAGAGGCGUAUGUGAGAGAGCGCAAGUAUAUUGCUGACGGGAAAUACUACAUGCAUGAUAUCCAUGGACUAAAGAAACACAUUUCUCACGCGCAAUUCACGAUAGACCCCACGUCUCAUGGCAAUAUCGGUCGUUUUCUCAAUCACAGUUGCUGUCCUAACGUCUCUACGGUCGAGUUGUUGCUGUCUGACGACCUUCAAGAGGUGUUGAACGUUUUUACGGCUGUUCCGCGCGUGUGCUUCAUGGCCGUCAGAGACAUUGAGGCCGGGGAGGAGCUGUGCAUAGACUACGUCCCUCAUAUUGAAGAUGCGUCCAAACUGCAGAAGAAGAUCAACUGUCAAUGCGGGGAAGCUAAGUGUCGGGAAUAUGUCUUCUGA